GUCCGAUCGUAGAUCCAUGUAAUUUAUUUAUUAAAAAUCUUGAUGCCAAUAUUUCCAGUAGCGAUUUAUUCAAUCAUUUUAGGAAAUUUGGUCGUAUUAUCAGCGCACGUGUCAUGAGAGACCAGGAUUCUGGAAAUUCAAAAGGCUUUGGUUUUGUUAGUUAUACUAAUGCUGAAGAAGCUGAUAAAGCGAAAAGUUACAUGCACGGCAAGACUCUUGGAACCAAGCAAAUUGUUGUUAGACUUCAUGAACCAAAGAAAUUGCGUGAGGCCAAAUUGGCUAAUCAUUUCAAUGGCAGUCCUGCUUCUCCAUCUGAGAGUCGCGCUCCUUCCAGGCGUAAUUCAGACUUUUACAAUAUUAAUACUAUUAACGAAUUUGGUCAGGAAGAUCUUAGCGGGUUGGCUCCAAAAGCGCGUAGAGAGGUUUUAAUGUCUGAAUUACAAAAAAGGUUCAAAUCCAUCCCCAGUGUCCCAAUUGAAGAAGUUAGUUCGAUCAUUGAUCAUUUGUUAAAUUCGAAGGUUCCCGAAGUUCUUCAAAUCCUUAAAGAUGCUAGUCUGUUGCAGCAAAAGAUUUCCGAAGCCAGAAGCUUCCUUAACGAGAAGAAACGCCGUGGUAUUACCCCAUCACAAAGGGAAAAAUUCCUUAAAGUCAUCAACAGUAUUUGUCCUCGUAAUUCUAAUGAAAUUCUCGACCUUCUCAUGACCUUAAGCGCAAAGGAGAGAACGUUAUGUUAUUUCAAUGCUGAAUAUCUCAAUAAUAAAAUCGUUGAAGCCAAUUCAGCAUUGGAAGCUGUCAUUAAUGACGAUGAUACUUCCACAACAUUUAAGCCUUUGAUUUCUGCUGAUAUUAGUCCAGUUUCUACCCCUCCAACUAUUAAAUCAUUGGAACCUAUGGUUCCUCAUUCUGUAAGAUCAGAGAUUCCUGCUUCCGUCAGUAACGGAAUUCAUACUCCUGAAUAUAAGGAAAUCGAAGAGUUUAUGGAUAACCUUAGGAGCAAACCAAUUCAUGAACAAAAACAAAAACUUGGUGAUAGAUUAUUCCCCAAAGUCAAGGGUAUUGGGCUUAAGAGUGCUACAGCUAGUAAGGUCACUAUCAACCUUCUGGACACUGAUAAUUUACGCGAACUGGCUCAUUCUAUGAACGAUCCGGAAAAAUUCAAAGAAAAAGUCGCAGCUGCCGCAAAGAAAGUUGUCCCUUCUAAGUCAACCUGA